CAGAAACAUUUCCCGCCAAAAGGCUGUUGUAUUCGGAAGGGUCGGGAUCGUGAUACGGUAACGUACAUAAGCAAAGUGUAAAUCAUCAACGGCAACGUACGUAAGCGAAGUGUGCAUCAUCAACGGCAACAUGUACGUCAAAGUGAGGUCAAUGGAUGGGAAAAAGGAGACGAUUAUAAUGAUCUCCAAGCUCACUAUGGUAGAAGAUUUAAAGCGUGAAGUUGAAAAAGAAUUGCACAUUGAGACAGACAUGCAGAGGUUGUUUUUUCGUGGCAAGCAAUUGGAAAAUGGUUAUAAGCUCUAUGAUUAUAAUGUUAAUUUGAAUGACGUCAUACAGCUUUUGAUAAAGAUAAAGGUAGAUGAUACACAGAACAAAGCUACCUCUAGUAAUGUAAAAAAGGAGAGGAAGAUAAGUGAAAGGAAAGAAGAGGAAUUGGUGGAAGUAGAAAGCUUGUAUUAUAAAGUUGGAGAUGCCAUAGACUGCCUUGAUCAAAUACAUGGUGCCUGGUUUGAAGCCAUUGUACAAAAAAUUUUCCAAAAGGAAGAGCAAAUAGUUUAUAAUGUACUGUGGGAGUUUGAUGACAAAGCUUUCCCUUUUAAUGUACCUGAAACAUGUAUACGGCCACGCGCUAGACAUCUUGUACCAUUUGAUAAAUUAUCUAUUGGUCAAAAAGUAAUGAUCAAUUAUAAUGUAGAUGAGCCUAAAGAAAUUGGAUUAUGGUACGAUUUUACAAUUUCCAAAAUAGAUAAAAAACGAAAAUUGCAAGAACUAACUGGAAUAUUGCACAUGGGCCACGAUCAUCAACUUGAAAUUCAAAAGGUUAAUCCUAAAGGAGAAAUAUAUGCUAUAGAAACAGUUAAGUUAUUGACAGAAAGAACUGCGGAAGAUGAAAGAUUUAUGAUUAGUAAUGGCAAGCGCAGACGUGUCGCUGCUAACUGCACAGCUUGUAUGGACAAUCCACGUAAAAAAUGUCAAGAAUGUGGUUGUAAAGUGUGCGCUGGCAAGCAAGAUGAACAUAAUCUUUUACUUUGUGACGAAUGUAAUUAUGCGUAUCAUUUGGGAUGUCUGAAUCCACCGCUUACGACAAUUCCAGACGAUGAUUAUUGGUAUUGUCCUGAAUGCAAAAAUGAUGAAAACGAAAUUGUUAAGGCUGGAGAUAAACUGAAAGAAUCAAAGAAAAAAUCUGUUAGCCAAGAUAAUAAGGAACCAAGGAGAGAUUGGGGGAAAGGAAUGGCUUGUGUUGGUAGAACAAAGAUAUGCAGUCUUGUUCCUUCAAAUCAUCGUGGCCCGAUUCCAGGCAUAGAAGUUGGCAUGUGUUGGAUAUUUAGAGUUCAGGUCUCAGAAGUGGGAGUACACAGGCCACAUAUAGCUGGCAUUCAUGGACGAGAAACAGAUUGCGCGUAUUCUAUUGUUUUAUCGGGCGGUUAUGAAGACGACAUUGACAACGGUGAUGAAUUUCUAUACACUGGCUCGGGUGGCAGAGAUUUAUCAGGUAACAAAAGAACCGCUGAACAAAGUAGUGACCAGACAUUAACCAGAAUGAAUAAGGCAUUGGCAAUAAAUUGUAAUGCUAAGUUAAACGCGAAAGAUGGAGCAACGGCCGAGAAUUGGAGAGGAGGGAUACCAGUUCGAGUUGUACGCAAUUUUAAAUUAGCGAAAUAUAGUAAAUAUGCACCACAGGAAGGUAAUAGAUACGACGGUAUAUACAAAGUAGUCAAAUAUUAUCCAGACACAGGUAAAAGUGGUUUUCGUGUUUGGAGAUAUGUAUUAAGAAGGGAUGAUCCUUCUCCUGCACCUUGGACUAAAGAAGGCAAGGCGAGAAUCGCUUUACUCGAUUUGAAGCCGAUAUAUCCCGACGGAUAUCUCGAAGCGAUGAAGAAAAAUAGUGUAACAAAUGGUAAGAAACGACUCACUCUCAGUGAUGAAAAAGAUACUAUGGUUUUAAAGAGAAAUAGGAGUCCGCCUAAAAAAAAGCUUAAGAGGGAGAUCUAUAAUUUGGAGGAUGAAUUGAAGAAUUUCAUAGAAAGUGACAAACUAAAUGCAAAAUUAUGGGCUGAAUGCACUACAGUAUUACCUGAUGGAAAAACUAUCUUUUUGCAAUAUAUUUCAGAAAGAUUUACAUGCGCUUGUUGCCUUGAAAUAGUUUAUAAACCUGUAACAACUCCCUGUGCACACAAUAUUUGCUUAAAGUGUUUAAAACGAAGCUUUUCCUCCGAGGUGUAUUCCUGCCCCUCAUGUCGAUAUGAUUUAGGUAAAACUUAUAAAAUGGAGAUCAACCAAUCAUUGGCAUCGGCAUUAUUAUUGAUUUAUCCCGGUUAUGAAAACGGGAAAUAGUAAAUUUUUUUGUAUAAUAAUCUUUCAUUUUAAAUUUUAUAAUGGUAUCAUGUAUAAAUAUGAUUAUGAUAUAGCUUUUUGUAGCACAAAUUAAAAUUUCUUGAAGCAAGAACUUCAAUAAUGGAUAUUUGCAUAUCAACAUAGUAAAUAUUUUA